GGCAUUGCAGUGUGUCUAAGCGUGUACGUGCAUAUAGCGGUCAAGACGCCACAAACGAGUACUCGAAAACAAAUCUUCAAGGGGUUCUGUUUGUGCAACAUCGCGUCUCAAAUCCUCUUGAGUUUUAUAAGCAUCUUAUUACCCAAAUCGGCUGAUUAAAGAGACCACUCUUGAAGGGGAUUGGAAUUAUAGGAAAGAUCUUCUGGAAUAAUUGGCGGCGGUGGAGGGUCAAAGGUGGGCCAGCAUGGAGCGAGCUGAUCUUGGUUCCCCAAGCGAAAGUUUUAGACCAAAGCACAGGCGGAUAACUGUGCUUGACAUGGACACCAUGAGCCAUGGGAGUGGUUCCAGGAAGGGGGCUACAUCGGCGGGAAAGGUUAUGAAUCGCCGCAGGACCGCACUGUCCCUACCCGAGGAAAAUAAGCCACAAGGACCAACACCUUAUGAGCGGUUCAAGCUAAAAGCAAACGCAGUGAAGUGGCUUUGUAUGGUCUGCCUAGUUUAUAUGAGAGAAGCAUCGGAGAGAGCUCUCAAAGGAACUUUGUUGGAGGUCGUGGAAGAGAUUUUGACCUCAGCGGAAGAAGAAGCAAAACGAACAGGGAAUGAUGGGGACUACCCAAAAGGCAUUGUCAGUUCCGCUUACCCCGAUAUGACCUUCGAUGCAGCAGAUUAUCAACGCUUCUCAAAAAGAGAGGAAGGAUUACCGAAUAAGAUUAAGGACAUCUUAUCAAUGGAAGAAGACGACAGAUCGCAAGAACAAAUACAAAAUGUCGUUAGAAGUAUGCAGAGUAUUGAGGAGUUUGCUAAAUAUCCGCCAGAAAUACAAAAGAGGAUGUGUAAAUAUGCUUGGUAUGACGUAUUCACAAGAAAUCGAGUCAUCAUUCGAGAUAGAGAGCGAGCUGAAGGAAUGUAUUUUGUCUUGUCUGGAAAACUUACCAUGACAACAGCUGGUGCAACUUACAUUCUAAAGAAAGGAGAUAAAUUUGGGGAAUUAGAUUUGAUCAACAACACGAACAGGAGUUGUACAGUGAUGUCUAAAGAUCAAGUUGAAUUAUUCUGUAUACAUAGUCAGGACUAUCCUGAUAUAUUUGACACAAAGUUAAAUGUGAAGCCAGAAGAUUGCCUAGAAUAUCUCAAGUCCCUUCCUGUGUUUAAGGCAUGGACGGGGCACGACAAACUUCCUGACUUUCCUGCCAACUGGGGUGUGCAAAAUUACAGAGCUGGUCAAGUCAUUGUCCCAGACAGCAUCAAGAAUGAUUGGAUUUAUGUCAUCAAAUCGGGUACUUGUGAUGUACUGAAGCAUUUGAAAGCAGACGUGUGCAUGAGAGAUAAGACUAGUAAAUUCUACAAGGAGUUCAAGAAGGCUGAAAAUGCCAAGGAGAUUGAAUUCACCAAUCAGAAGUUGGCAGAAAAAUUGCCCCCUCUAACCAGAGUGACAUUCUUGACAACACCUGGACCUAGUAGCAGGCGGAGCAGUACACGAAGCAGUACUGGCCAAACCCUGAGGGGUCGGGAGCCGAUCUCCGGGAUGUCGGAUGACAUGGUGGCCAGGAAAAAAUGUGGUUCGCAUAUAACAGAUACUGUAUUCAGAAGUAAAAGCAUUCUCCAAUGCGUAAGGAAUGGGAGCCAUCCAGACACUCCUUUCUGUGUGAGAGUUGGAGAAUUAGAAGCUGGAGAUAUCUUUGAUAUUCUUACUGUAAUGCCUGGAUACAAACUCAACAAAAGUGAUAAAGUCAGUUUGGUAAGCCAAGGAGCAGAAGCAAUAAAGAUCAGCAAAUCAUUCUUCCUCAAGUACGCUGAUGAGAGAGUGUUCACAGAGAUUGAAAUGAGGUUUGAGCCGUAUCCCGACCAGGACACCUGCCUGAAAGACAUUGAAGAGACGACAGAGUGGCAGAGAUACAAGAAGGUGGAGAUGGAGAAAACGAUGCAUGAGGUCAAGGACAGGGUCCAACUCAGGAUAACAUCCAGAUAAUACCUUCAAAGACUUGGAAGAGGCUAUCAGGUAGCGCUAAUAUUCAUAGCUGAAUGACAUGCGCCGUAUAAACUAAAACAACAACAGAGUUGGACACAAGUUGUGCUCAGAAUUACUUCAAGAUGAUACAUGUACCUUCAAGACUUAAAUGAGACUUUUAUAAGAUGAUACGCUGAGUGGGCAAGUUACAAAUUGAUGCAGAGGUUCAAUCCCUGCUCACGUCUUUCAAAUGGUGAGGUUAAAGGUCCGUCCCAGACGCAAAUAAUCAUAUCUGAAUUACAAGCGUCUGUAGAAACUUGAUCACUCACACUCUCACUCCAUGAUAAUACCUUCAUGGUUCGAAUGAGACUUGGGACGUGAAGCUAUGAAUAACAAGAUCCAGAAGAAAGUCCUACUCAGAAUGACCUUCUAGACUUCAAGUCCUUCAGUGAACAAACAAGCUCAUGCAAGGAAAUGGGUGGUGGUGGUUCACACCCAUUUGAAGACGUUUACAUGCCUUUCCGUCUGUAGUCCGCAGCAGCAACAGUAUCCUAACCUGUGCAUGGGAUAAAGCAAUAAGAACAAAAAAAAGAUGCAUCAGUUUCUAAGAUUAGACGUUGUUACAAUGAACAAGGGGGUACUUUUCAUAAAGUUGUUCGUAAGUUACAAAAAACUGGUGACCUUUCCUUGUGCUAAGUGAGAUACCCAACAUUUUCCCAGUUUUGAGAGAACAGAGGAGCGCUUACAACCCCAGUCAAAGUUUGAAAAGACGGAAUUGUUUAUUCCAAUGUUUGUUAAUGAUGGGAAAUUUGAUCAACAAAGCUUAGAAUUCAACUUCUAUACUUGAUGCAAAUCGAGUGCAUGGGCAGUUCAUGUAAUAGCUGGGCCCCGUCUUACAAAGAGUUACAAUCGAUCGAAUCAAUCGUAACUAUGGAAAUCCAUCAGUGUCAUAAUUUUUUCUGCAGGAAAUUUGUGAAAUGUCCUUUGUCAACAAACGAGAACACACCAAAUUGUCAAGAAAUCAAUGAAUUUAUGGAUAUUCAUUCCUAUCUGGACAAAUUUUGAAAAAACAUGCAUUUUAUAUGUUGACUUUGCUAGCUUUCCAUAGUUGCGAUUGAUCGGAUCAAUCGCAACUCUAUGUAAGACGGGCCCCAUCUUUUACUGCAUCAAGUAAUUUCUUUUUAAGUCAAUGAAAACAAAUCAUCUAUGUAUAAAUAUACAAUGUAAAAGUGUAUUUCUGGAGCCUGAUUAAUCAUGAACUCACAUUUACGGUAACUGCCAUGGGAACAGAGGUCAGUUUCAUAUAACUUGCUAUCACAACAAAAUUUGUGAUAAGAGUUAAAAGCUACUGGAAUCCUUCAAUCUGAUUGGCUGAUAGUAAAUAAAAUCAAAAUGAGACCCUUGUCACAGCAGCUAAUCAUAACUGAGGUCUCCAUGUUAUUUAACAACAUUUGCACAGUCUUACACAAGCUGUAGAUGUUGAAAAAAAAUAAUCAGCAAUGCAUUCUAAAUAUAAUGGCCGUUAAACUUUGAAAGUCUUACACAAGCUGUCGAUGUUGAAAAAAAAAAAAAUAAUUGGUAAUGCAUUCUAAAUAUAAUGACCAUUAAAAUUUGAAAGACUGUUUAACUUUGAAAGGUACAAGGUAUACAUGCGUAUGAUGUGGAUACAUGUACCAUCCACGUCCUUAAAUAUCUACAUGUAGGAAUGCUGUGCUAAAAAUUGUGUGUAUCAUUGGAUAGCUAUUCAGAUCUUAUUUUUGGAAUUGCAAUAAUUUCUUGCCAAUGCAAAACAAUAGGCCUUAUAUCAUUUGUAAUUUAAAGUCAUGUCAAUGUUUUGCUAUGUUUCUAGAUAUUUUGAAUACCUGUGUAUACGUUUGUUUUUGUCACAGUUCUAUGCAGCAUUUUGUUUUAAAACAAAUUAUAUGAUUUAUAUAUAUAUUUGCCGAAUACAGUAUUCAUAUUCAAUAUUAAAUAUAUAUGUACUGGUGAAGGGAAUUAACUUUUUUUUAUUUUGAAAGCUAGCUAGGGAAUCAACAAGAUUGUUAGCUAGCUGAUUUUAGUGCAUUUUACAAUUUCUUCAAAACUCAUAUCAAAUAACUUAUCGAUCAGGAAGGAAAUAAGGAGAAAUAACUAUGUGGUGAAUUUAAUGAGUUAUUAGACAAAAUCCUUUUUACUGUGAAAUUGUUUAAAAUGGGCAUGUACAUGUAUGUAAAAAAUUUCCUUAUCUUUCUUUUCUAAAGAAAUCACAAAAAUAUUACGUAAUUGACAAAAUUGUACAAGUCUAACGCCUAAAAAUAUCCAAUCUGACCAUAAAAUGCAAAAAACAGGGUUGCUAUAUUUUUUCAUUUUUUUUUUUUGGGCAAACUCAAAAAUGUGUUGUGUACAGUAUGUGAGAAAGCAUAAGAUUUGAGCAAAGGAUUUCUUAGUGCAACAAAAGUAUUAAGAAAUAGACAAAAGAACACAAACCAGCCAACCCAACUUUCCAAUAUUAUGAGGGCAACAAACCAAUUCUUUAAGGGCCUAACUUCAAUGCACCACAGGGUACUUGUAUAAGAAAUUUUGAUUUUGAGAAUACUUUUCAAAUACUGCUUAUCUUGCUAUUAGAGGAAAAAUAAAAAUAUUGUUCAAAGUA